GGGCUCCCGGUGUUUAUCCGCUCUUAACGGCUAAUCCCGAGACGCGUACCCUCGUAUAUUGGGACGUGCGCGUGCACGUACCCGCUCGUGAAACAUACACGAGGGGUGAAAACGACGUUUCUCACAGUUCGUACCUGUGGGGAGAGAGAUUUUGACAUACGGACCUCUAGCUAUGAUUUUCGAACGGCGUGAAUAGCUUCCUCAUGACGGAGAAAAUUUAGUGUGUUCUUUGUCAGCGCGUUGCCAGGAUCACGAUUACGAAGGAUUCGCGAACGAGAUCGAUGUGAAAUAGUUUAUCCCUGAAUUGGCGAACGAAUACGUAUAUCGAUGGUCGCGGUUCCCGGGAGUGAAGAAUGACGUUACGACGCACGGUGUAACGAACUUGCAACGAUGAUAACGCCAGUGUCAGUGUGCAGUGGGGUUAAAGUGCCAGCCGGUUUAUGGAUAACCACGGUUCGCUGAUUGGCUGCACGAGUGCGGGCUCGUAUCAAGCCGACGAGUGGCCAGUGUUGUGUCGAGUGGCGCCGAGUGACGGUAUUUAAGUGUCAUUCCGAUCGUUCCUUUACACGAGAGAUGAACGAAUGAUCGUAUCACGGUCAAUCCCUUAUACGCGAUGAGGCCGAAAUCUUGCUCGCUGUUUCUCUUAUUCUGCGUGCUCCUACCAGGAGUGGUUCGUCCCUUCACAUCCGGCGAAGAAAAUGAAGAUGCCGCAGAGGAGGAGGACUCGUAUCUCCUAGAGGAAGACGAUGUGCCUUCGGCUACGAUAGCCAGCGAUACCGAGUUGAUUUCCGAAGGUGGCGGUCAUUUACCAGUUUUUCUCACGGAACCUAUAAACUCUUUCGUCGUGAAGAACAAACCCGCAACUCUGCAUUGCAAGGCCGCUCACGCGCUACAGAUUUAUUUCCGUUGUAACAACGUGAGGGCGGAGGAUUCUCAGCAGCAGGAUUUCGUAGAUCCCCAUACGGGAACAAGGAUCGUCGAUUGCGAACUCAAUAUCACGAGAGAUCAUAUUGAGGAGUACUUUAGCAAGGAUAAAUUCAAGUGCGAAUGCAUCGCUUGGUCUGGAUCAGGACAAAUUAAGAGCCAGCCGGCAAUUAUCGAUGUUGCUUAUUUGAAGAAACAAUUCGAAUCGCCACCAUACUCCGUAUCCGUCGAAGCAGGUCAGAGCACCGAACUCAGGUGUUUGCCUCCGGUAGGAGUGCCACCACCUAGAGUUUACUGGUUAAGAAAUAAUAUCCCCGUGGACACUGAGUCGGAUACACUUCUCGUGUCCAGCGAGGGUCACCUACUUAUUGGUCAAGCGAAACUUAGUCAUCAGGCGAAUUACACCGAGCCAGUUAGCUUAACAGUAUACGGUAAGAGCUCCGAGGGUCACCUACUUAUUGGUCAAGCGAAACUUAGUCAUCAGGCGAAUUACACGUGCGUCGCUGAGAACAUCGCUGCGAAACGACUAAGCGAGCCAGUUAGCUUAACAGUAUACGUUAACGGUGGCUGGUCUUCCUGGUCGUCUUGGUCGGAAUGCCACUCGCGAUGCGCGAAAGGCGGUCAGAAGAGGACGAGAACGUGCACGAAUCCAGCGCCCAUGAACGGCGGCCAGCCGUGCCUCGGCCCGUCUCAGCAAAAGAUGGACUGCAACACAGCUUGCCCCGUUGUGGACGGCGGAUGGUCCAGAUGGUCGGCAUGGUCGGUGUGUGGGAGCGACUGCACGCACACGAGAAGGAGAUCGUGCGACGAGCCGCCACCCAGCCACGGCGGUCGACCUUGCCAGGGCAGGGACAUCAAUGUGGCGAAUUGCACCGGUGGCAUGUGCAACGUCAACGGCAAUGUGAAGGUGGGCGGCGCUCAUUUCACCGAGGAAGCGAAUCGCCAGAUGGAUGUAGCCUUGUAUGUCGGUCUAACGGUCGCCUGUGUAGUAAUUGGUGGCUUGGCGAUCUUUCUGGCGAGACUCUUGCGACGCAAAGGUCGCGAUCAUUCCUUGUACUCCAUGGCUCGUAAUGAAUUCCAGCCGGAGUUCUUCCCGGAUCAGGACAAGAAGCUGAGCCUGCAACCGGAUGUGACGGCGACCAGCGUGCCGGCCUGCUACGAGUAUCCUUUCGACCCGAAACUGUCGAUGUCGAGAUCCCUCUCGGAACAUCACUACGAUGUACCGCACUUGUCGAUCGCGCCGCAACCGUCGCCGAUGUCACCCACACCGAGCACGUCGACCCAAGAGUCCUGCAGCGACAAACAGAUCCAUUCCGACAGCGAGAACAGCGUCACUAGCUCCUACCCGUCCUCGGACUCGACGUAUAACGUCGCUUCGGAGAGCGUCCGGUUGCCGAAGCUGGAGGCCGGGAACGUCGCUAGGGCAGCGGUAAACACGCGAGGAGCCCUGCUGGUUCUUCCGGACUCUGGGAUCUCCAUGUCGGUACCGGAGGGUGCCGUUCCCAAGCCACUCCGGGCGGAACUCUAUCUGGCGGUGCUCAACGAGGAUCGUUACAGGCCUCGAUUACCCGAUGGGAUAACCCAGUUAUCGGCUGUGGUGACCUGCGGCCCGUCGUCGGCGACCUUCAACAAGCCUGUAAUCCUUCAAUUCGAGCAUUGCGCCAUGUUGCAUCCGGCAACCUGGGAACUGAGCGUUUGGGCGUGCGACGGUGUUAACGUCGACGACGGCUCGUCAUCGGUGAUGUCGAAAGAUCACCAGUCAAUUACAUGGAGCAGAGUGUUAACUCUAGGCAACGAGACUAUCAAUACACCGUUAUUCACGCAGUUGGAUCACGCGGAGGCUUUCAUAGUGACCGAGCAGCUUCGCGGUUACGUUUUAGCCGGCCAGAGUUGCGAGAGUUCGAUCGCCACAAAGCGAUUGCGAUUAGCGCUCUUUGCCAGCCAGGCUGGUCAGUGUUGUGUCAGGGUUUACGCCGUGGAGGAUACGAAGGCGGCCAUGAAAGCCAUCGUCGAUCGGGAGUCGCAGAUCAGAGGCUAUCUGUUGGACAAGCCGCGCACGUUGCUGUUUCAAAACAACGGGGAAUCGCUCUGCGUCAGUCUUGAAGAAGUCGGCAACGAGUGGCAAAGCAAGUCGCCCACGGAACGCCAGGAAGUCUCGUUCCGAGACGUUUGGAAUUGCCAGGAGAACGCCAAGCACGUGACCUUCGGCCUGGAUACGGCUUUUGGCCCGACCACCACGAGGAGCUACAAGCUACAAGUUUCGCAAGGAAACUCUGACACGAGACAAGUCUUCAGAAUCGUUUACGAUGGCGCAAAACAGUUGAUCUCCUCGGGUAGCGUCACGAGACCACUCAGGGAAGUUACCGUGGUUAGCAGCGGACACGCUAACAACGCCACCACAGACUCUACUACGCUACGACCUUUUCGGUUUACGAGAUCCUUAAGGAAGCAGCUCUGCCAAUGUUUAGAUCCGCCGAACGCUCUGGGUAAUGACUGGAGAAUGUUGGCGCAAAGGCUUCAAGUCGACAGGUACAUCAAUUACUUCGCGACUAAGGCCAGCCCGACCGAGCAUAUUCUCGAUCUGUGGGAGGCGAGGCACCGGGAACCGACGGCGGUGACGGAUCUGCUGAACCAUCUUAGAAUAAUGGGCAGAACCGACGCCGCCACGAUUCUGGAGGCGCAACUCGGCCCGUGGCUCUGAAUAAACAGAAAACCGGAUCUCGAGAAGCGUUUCCCCAGCGGUGAGUGAAAGUCGAGACCGUUGUAUGCCCACCCGGGACGGACGAUCAGUGUAUGGUACCGCGAUCGGUGGGUGAUCAAACGGCGACCGAUGAACUCGAAAUCGAUCAGUGAAUACAGUGAGCCGGAUCGUCGGAGUACGCGCGAGCGGGAGGAGUGAGAAGAAGGAGGCAGGAGAACUAGGGUUCUCCGAACGGACUCAACGAAACACUGCCUUAAUUGUGCGCGACAAACGCGUCAGUACUUUGUAUAUAAACGUGAGUUAGUGGCAAGUCUGAGAAUUCCCUUUUGAGGGAAGAUCCUACGGACAUCGAGUUAAGGACCGAGAAAUGCUUAUCCGUGAAUUCAAGAGCGGUAUAAUCCGCGUAAAAGAAAACCGUAUAUAAUUGUGACGAAGUAAUUAGGGACUGUGCAUUUAGACGGACAUACAUGUACAUACAUACACUAAAAAUACGCGCGCAGAUGAAUAUAUCCAUUUUAGAUGGAUGUUUCUAUAUAAAUAUAUGUUAUAUAUAGAUAUAUAUAUACAGGACACCAAGUAAAGUUCGAGCGGAUCGGCAAUAUCCGCAACACCUCGACGCGAUGACGCAAUUAUUAUCGAUUUGUUAACACGAACGCACGCGAGCACGAGCGAGUGAUUAUUAUUUUUUCUGAAAAUCGUGCCAAAAUUACUUCGGUUUCGUAAGCGUACACUUCCGUUUAUUGUUACAUUAGAUUUUUUCGUGAACGCCGUAUUAUCCCUUUUAUGCGUGUCGACAAUACAGAGAUCGCGGUAUACGAGAGUACAGGAGGACGUGGUGCGCGUUGCGCACGGAGUCCGAGCAACGCGCGAUCGCAUAAAACGAGCUAAUUAUAACAGACAUGAUUUAAAUCGACGAUUUAUUUGAGAGAUUGUAUAUUUGUUACUUUCGACGAAUAAAAUAUUCUUGUAUACCUCAGAG